CAAAGCGAUAAUAUCUAGCUUGGCUUGCUAGCAUCGUGGAAGACUUUACAUCUGUUUUUGCUCAUCUGACAUAAUUACCGGCUUUUAUAUAUAUUUAUUGCUGGUUUUAUUUACAUUUACCAGGAUAUAACUGCAUUACAUGGUCGUUACUCAUUUAGGUUGCGAAAUAACGUUAUCUGGUAAAUAAAUCACAGCGAGAUGCGCUAGCUAGAUAAUUAGCUAUCAAGCCUUUCCAGUUUGACCUCGCAAGCUAACUACCGUUAUUCGGUAGCUAGGGUAAUUCACCAACGUUACAGUUACAUGGAUUGCACAGCUAAUGCAUAACGUUAGUUCAGAACAUAACGUUAUAUACGUUUAGCCUGUCAACGUCUUAGUGUUUCGUUUAUAGCUAGCCUAGCGUUACUUAGCUAGUCUAAGCGCUUUAGCUAGCUAGCUAACGGUUUAUGUAGAUAUGUUCUUCCAAAAGGCAUUGACAAAUAUAUACUUUUAAUUUUAUAGUGUAACCUUGCUGUCUUUAUUUGGGAAGAAUUAAGCAAUCGUUAACUUACAGUUAUCUAGCUAGUUAAUGUAUUCGCUUGAUAGCAAGGCUGAAAUGCAUGCGGACAGUGUGUGCAUGUCAAAACCUGCUGGAAUGGAAAUCUGAUUGUGUAACUUCGGUAACGUUAGCUAACGUUAGUGGCUUUGCCUAUGAUCAAUCUCCUAACAUAUGAGUUUGAAGUGCAAUGUUCAGCCUGAUGGCGAACUGCUGCAACUGGUUGAAACGUUGGCGAGAGCCUUCAAGGAAAGUGACUUUGGUGAUGGUGGGACUGGACAAUGCGGGGAAAAGUGCCACGGUCAGAGGGAUUCAGGGAGAAAACCCAGAGGACGUGGCCCCCACUGUUGGGUUUUCCAAGGUGGACCUGAAACAGGGGAAGUUCGAGGUGACCAUCUUCGACCUCGGAGGAGGGAAGAAGAUCCGGGGCAUCUGGAAGAACUACUACUCCGAGUCGUACGGCGUGGUGUUCGUGGUGGACUCCAGUGACGUGCAGCGGAUCCAGGAGACCAAGGACAUCAUGGCCGAGGUCCUGCGUCACCCCCGCGUCUCCGGGAAGCCCGUGCUGGUGCUUGCCAACAAACAGGAUCAAGAUGGCGCAAUGCACGAGGCUGACAUCAUCGAGUACCUGUCCCUGGAGAAACUUGUGAAUGAAAACAAAUGUCUCUGUCAAAUAGAGCCGUGCUCGGCUGUCCUGGGCUACGGGAAGAAGCUGGACAAGUCCAUUAAGAACGGGCUCAGCUGGCUGCUCGGCAGCAUCGCCAAGGACUACGAGGCCCUGAACGAGCGCGUGCAGAAGGACACGGCGGAGCAGAGGGCCCAGGAGGAGCAGGAGAAGAAGGAGCGGGCUGAGAGGGUGCGCCGCGUCCGAGAGGAGAGGGAGAAGAGGGAAAGAGAGGAGGCGGAGCGAGAAGGCAGGACCCUGCAGGAGGAGGAGCCUGACGAUGACGUCAAUAUGGCCAACCCCUUCCAGCCAAUCGGCAACGUGAUCACAGAGAAUGAGGACAAGAUGAAGAAUGAAAGGGAGAGGAAGAGGCAGAGGGAGGCACAGGAGGAGCCAAACAGCCCCACGCUCACAGAGCAGCCACAGGAGGAAGAGGAGGAGGAGGAAGAAGGGGAGGAGGAGAGUGAACGGCAGACCCCGGAGAGUGUCGGGUCAGACCAAGCCAAGAAGAAGACCAAGAAACUACGUCUGAGGAGGAAGCACAGGGUGGAUCCCUUAAGAACAGAGGAGGUGGUCCAAGAGAGCCCCACCCCCCCACCACCUCCAGUUGGAUGGGCUACUCCCAAAGUUUCUAGACUUCCCAAACUUGAGCCUCUUGGAGAUACGAGACGUUCUGAUUUCUAUGGCAAACCCCUCCCUCCCGUCUCAGUUAGGCAAAGACCUAAUAGUGACACUCACGAUGUCAUUUCCUAAUCGCUCUGUAGCUGUUACCCUGCACCCCUCCACCAAAAAGGGAAAAAAAUCACUUAUCUUUCAUUUUUAUUUAUUUUCCCUCUCUAAGUACGUGGAGUGUAGAAGUUUACAAGAUCACUCUUCUCCGGAAUAGCAAACUGACACCCAACCAACACUACACUACGCUGACGCCGGCCCAUCUCAGAGGGGACUGGGAUGGGCCUUUAUCUCAACCCUGCUCUGGAGCAUUCAGUCUGGCUUCCAGCCAACGGUCUCGAGACUCAUGUUGGGAAGUUAGGACAAGCACAGUUCGGUUUUUCCUUCUGUUUGCUUCAAGAGAACAUUAUUUGUCUUCUUUUAUUCUUCUUCAAAAAUGCGUUUGGUACCGGUUCUUAAUGGACUUCAAAACCCUUUGACAAAGAAACCUGCAAACUUAUUUUAAUUUUUUUAAAUAUAUUUUUUCUAUCGCUUAGUAUCAGUAUUUGUACAGUUUGUAGGCUUUUUGUGGUCACUGUUAUUCUUUGCUCAUGCCAUUUCCAAGACCUGGAUGACUUUCAGUACAAGGUGAAUUCUUCAUGCUGCAAUUUUGUAUGGUUACUACCAGACCUUAUAUUUCCCCCCAAAUAUUUUUUUUUUAAGAACCCAAUGAUCUAAACAAGAUGUUAUGGAAAAUAAUGGGUGAUUUUCUUGCAACUGCUUUAAUUAAAGGCAUACUAUGCAGGAUUGUUAGCCUUGCUGUGGUCCUGUGUUUACAAUCAAAGAAAUCUCCUCCCCCAUCCUCAACCCCCACCCACUCGCCUCCGUUGAGUGCGAGAAACGGCCUCGAGUGCAGCACUCAUAGCUAGCUGGAUAGCUGCAGGUGACGUUACUUACAGGUCCAACAGAAAAACGCGGCCGGCUCCUCAUCUCUUUUCAUCCCCUCGGUGAACUUCGGCUGUCACCAUGGAGGAAAAGCAAUUCCAAGGUUGACUGCUUUUUGAAUGAGCCCUGUCGGCCUGUCGCUCCGCUUCGCUGUGCUUGUGCUUCUUCACUUCGACCAGCGCCGUCGCUAGCUAGCUACAAAUGUCCCGCUGAAACGCCAUCCCGCCCCACAGGCUCUGCUGUCGUGCCCACCUUCCCGCACAGAAAAGACCGCCAUGCCCGUAAAUGUCCCGAACGCAUCUCGAAAGAAAUGGCGGAGGAGCAUGGAUUGAGCAAAUGUGCGGAAAGACAGAUUGCCAGUGCAUAAAUCAUGGACAUGACUGAGCAUGGUUUUUUUUUAAUGAUAUUUUCAAGAUAAAAAUCCUGCACAGUAUGCCUUUAAAAUAAGUAUUGUAUUCCUAAAAUGGCCAAUCAUGUGGCAGCGAGAGCAUGCAGACAUGGUCAAGAGGUACAUUUGUUGUUCAGACCAAACAUCAGAAAAGGGGAGAAAUAUGAUUUAAGUGACUUUGACUGUGGGAUGAUUGCUGGUGCCAGAUGGGGUGGUUUUAAGUAUCUCAGAAACUGCAGAUCUGGUAUAUUCAUGUGCAACACAUAAAGCUUACAAAGAAUGGUGCGAAGAACAAAAAACAUCCAGUGGGCUGUUAAUGAAAAAUACCUUCUUAAUGAGGUCAGAGGUGAAUGGCCAAACUGAUUCAAGCUGACAGGAAGGUGACUAACUCAACCAUGCAUUACAAUAGUGGUAUGCAGAAGAGCAUUUCUGAACAUACAUCAUGUCAAACCUUGAAAUGGAUGGGCUAGAGCAGCAGUGGACCAAUAAGUCUAAAAAAAUAAGUCUAAUACCUAAUAAAGUGGUCACCGAGUGUAUAUAUACAUAUUUCCAGGGCUCCAUGGCAUAUCCUUCAUAAAAAAUGCACAUUUUUAAAUGUACACUUUUUGGGGAGGUUAAAUAGUGGGUAUAUUUUUUCAUUUGACGUACUCGGUGUGUCAUGAAUGUGAACUCAAAUGAGUGUAUAGCCACAGGCAUCAUGUUUUACACUUGAUCGGAAGGACUACAGAAAAUGAACAUUUUAGGAACUUGCGUGUUUCUUUUUUUCAUUUUUUUUUUUUCAUGUGGGCACAAUCAGACCGACUGAGGUGCAAGAAAUUAUGGAUAUCUACCAGUAAAAUGCAUUAAGUAUCAGACCUUGGAAAUAUUUUUCUGACCUGGCAGCUCUGCCCACACUUGGAUAUUAGGACAUUAGCACAUUAUACUUUAUACUGUUGAAUAUGCACAAGAUAAAAUGUACCACAUAACCUGCUAUUUAAAAAUUCGAGGCUUUGGGCUACAAUGUGGUCAAUGGACUCGCAAAAAAGGAAUUGGAGCUUUGUAGUUCCCUUUUACGACCCCACAAAGAU